CCAUUUGGCUCCUUCCAAUUUGCCACUUGCCACUCGCUCACUCCCUCUCUUCUCUUCUCGCUCUGCCGCCCGUCCUUCACACAAGAAACAAAAAUAUAGCAUUUGCUUCCGUUUGCAUCUCCAUUAUCUCCUAAUAUAACCACCACAAAUUUCGCAAGCCUCCGUCGCCGGCAACUAGGAAGAACGCAGGUUCGGCCCUUUUCCCCAAUUUAUGGCAGGGUGGAAGAAUCUGAAGCGGCGGUUGACUUUCAGGGGCUUGAGCGGCUGCUGUGGUGGCGCCGCCGCCGCCUGGGCCAUCGCCGGCCCGGGGGUCAUAAUCUCUGACCCCGAAGAACAAGGAGGGGAAGAAGGAGAAGAAGAAGAAACCACCGGCGGCGGCGACGAGCGGGAGGACGUGCCGAUGAUGCCCAUCACGCUCCGGCAGCUAAUCGGGGCGAGGCCGAGCGGGAUGAACCUGGCGAUGGCGCUGGCCGAGGAGCGGAAUUUGCGGGGCCCCAACGGCGGGGAUUCCAAGACGCUGAUGAGGCUGAUCGAGGAAACGGACGGCUCUGAUUGGCGGAUGACCAAGCGGAGGAGAGAGGAUGAGCCUCUGGAAGGAGUACUGGCAACGGACAAGAAGAAGGAGGAGGAGGGCGGGGAUUCGCUGUGCUGCGUGUGCAUGGAGAGGGAUAAGGGCGCCGCGUUUAUCCCCUGCGGCCAUACCUUCUGUAGGGUUUGUUCGAGGGAUCUGUGGGCUCAUAGAGGGUGUUGUCCCGUUUGCAACCGUCCGAUCUUGGAGAUCCUUGAUAUCUUCUGAUGGGCUACUGCACACCUAAUUAUCUCCUCCCUCACAUUGUUACUACUUGUUACUUGUUAGUUCCCUCCUCCCAAAAACAUUUGACUUUUGCUUUCCUUGUAAUUCUUGUUUGUACUUUGUAGUGAUUUUUCUUGUAAUUCCCAAGUUGUUAUUAGUAUAUAAAAAGUGAGUUGCUUGGUCAUGGAGAAAUGAUGUGACAAUUAAUGCAUGACAAGAAUUUUCCUCUUGCUAGACUAUUUGGUUGGGCGAACACUGAACAGUAGUGAUGGUAGUUUCCGCUUGAUUCAUUCGACGAUAUGAUAUGUUUUACAUCUGACUCGGUAAUUGAAUAGAAAUUUUGAGUUAUU